UGAACAAACACUCUAGUGUGUAGUGGAGAGUGCAGAAGUUGAGGCAGUUUCGAAACCCGAAGGGGAAGAUGCUCCCAAUUUCCAACAAUGGCGACGAGAAGACGAUAGAUGACAUGCAUGCGCACACAGAACACACUUAAAUGACACAUAUAUUACAUAUAUAUAUAUAUACACACACAAUAUACAGAGAGAAUAUCUACACUUAUCACAACUCACAACCCUAUGCGUCUGCCCACUCCUACACACUCUCUCUCUAGAGCCCCUUCGUUUUGUCCGUCCGAAACUCCUAGUGGACUCAAAUGUUGGACCAUACUGUAUCCUACUAUUCUACGCCGUAGCUUUGGUGCGAUUUACGAAUUUGUGGUUGUAUCAAACCAGUUGGGCGAAAGCCUGACGUCUAGAAUCGGAGAUUUCCCUCAACCCCCUUUUGAAAUCGAAGCUAAAAAUCGCCGUGAUCUAUGGAUGCUUUGGGAGUUAGUUCACUUCCCAUUUCGUAUGAAUUCCGGUUUUCCGACUAUAUAUACUCGAAGAUAGAUUGAAUUCACUCCCUGGUGGUAGAAAUUUUGGUCUUUUGACUUUCCAAAUUGUGUAUUUGGAUCGUUUGUGGAGAAUUGUUGUGCUAUGAAAUUCAAGAAUAAGAAAGAGACAUGGAAGCAUACACUCAUUUUGUCAUUUCAAAGCCUUGGGGUGAUAUAUGGCCGCUUGAGUACAGCUCCAUUGUAUGUAAUGGAAUCAAUUCGACCAGGGGAUAUUAGGUCUCCUGAUGAGAUACAUGAACUCUUCUCAUUUGUAUUCUGGACUUUAACUAUCAUCCCCUUGGUCAAGUACUCCUUUAUUGUGUUGAGGGCUGAUGACGAUGGAGAAGGUGGCCCAUUUGCAUUGUACUCAUUACUCUGUAGACAUGCAAGUGUUGGACUAAUUCCAUGUGAUAAAUCUUCUGACAAGAUUUUGCAUCAUGAGGAACACAGCCCUUCCAAGAAAACACUGGAAAGUAAAGCUAGAAGAACUCUGGAAAAGCAUAAAAGCUGUCACUAUCUAUUGUUCUUCCUGGCUUUAUUUGGUGCUUGCAUGAUUUUGAGUGAUGCAGUUCUUACACCUGCGAUUUCAGUGUUGUCAGCAACGUCAGGCCUUGGAAGAUCAUUGGCAAAAAUAUCUGCUAAAUUUAUCACUUCUGAUCAUGCAAAAGUCCAUGUGGCAAAGACCCUGAAGAAAUAUGUACCAACCCCUGCUGCCUGUGCUAUCUUAGUUUGCUUGUUCACUUUUCAACAUCACGGGACCAAGAGAAUCGGGAUUGUAUUGGCUCCUAUUGUCAUCACAUGGCUCUUCUUCAUUGGCGGGUUCGGUCUGUACAAUAUUUUUCAUUAUGAUAUGCACAUCCUUAAUGCAAUAUCUCCAGUAUACAUGCUGAAGUUCAUAAAGAAAAUAAGUCUCAGACACUGGAAGCUACUAAGCAGCAUAAUUUUAUGCAUUGCAGGAACUGAGUCAAUGUUUGCGGAUCUAGGUCAUUUUUCUAAGAAAUCGAUUAAGAUUACCUUCAUCUGCUUCAUAUAUCCGAUCCUUUUGGUAACAUAUGCCGGACAAGCAGCAUUUAUCUUCAACAAUUUUCGUGUUGAAGAUGCCUUUCAUCUCAGCGAAUCCAUACCUAAUAAGAGUCUUCAACACAUAUUUGCGGUGUUAUCACUGUUUGCUUCAGCUGUGGGAAGCCAAGCUACCAUUACAGCUGGGUUCUCCAUCAUAAACCAGUGCCAGGCUCUCAAUUGUUUUCCCAGAGUGAAAAUUGUCCAUACUUCAGAACAAAUACUAGGGCAAGUUUAUGUUCCAGAUGUGAACUGGUUGUUUAUGAUAUUGAGCUUAGCAUUCACCAUUGGUCUUCAGGAUGUUUCCCAACUCGGAAAAGCAACAGCCUUGGCUGUUACUUGUGCUAUGCUCGUCACAACUUGCCUGAUGUCACUUGUGAUUGCGUUGUACUGGGAAAGGAGCUUGUUCGCAUCCAUCUCUUUUCUACUGUUUUUUGGCUCCAUCGAAGCAAUGUAUCUCACAACGAGUCUGGUUAACUUCUUGCAUGGUGCCUGGUGCUUAAUCAUCUUACUCUUGCUCUUCAUGAUGAUCAUGGCUGCCUGGCACUACGGAACUCUGAAGAAAUACCAGUUCGACAUAGAGAACAAGGUAUCAAUUGACUGGCUAACAGACUACAGCCCCGGUCUUGGUGUUGCUAGAGUACCUGGCAUUGGUUUCAUCUAUUCCGACAUUGAGAUGGGAAUCCCGGCUUUCUUUUCUCAUUUCAUCACAAAUCUCCCAGCCUUUCACCAGGUACUCAUUUUUGUGUCAUUCAAGUCCUCACCGGUGCCAUAUGUCGCCGACAACCGGAGAUACCUCAUAGGCAGGGUUGGCCCAAGAGAAUACAAAAUAUAUCGUUGUAUUGUCCGGUAUGGAUACCGCGACAGCGUCAGGGACACGGAUGACUUUGAGGACCAAAUAAUCAGCUCUAUUGGGGAAUACAUUACCAGGGAGGAAUAUGACUGUGAAGCACUGAGUUCACCCGAAGGUAAAAUGAUCGUUCUUGGAGGCCUGAGGGAGGACGGAAACGCACUCAUUCCUGUGGAUGAUACUAUCAGCACGACCUCCUACUCUCCAAAAUCCGGAGCAAGUGAAUCCAAGAAGCAUCUUCCGGAUGUGCCAUCUGGCAGUUUGGAGAAUCCUAAUACCGGCGGCAGUAGGAAGAGAGUUCGGUUCAUGCUGCCGGCGAAGAGCCCUCGUAUGCUGGCUUCGGUGAGGCAGGAGCUUCAGGAGAUGAUCGAUGCCCGCGAAAGCGGGACUGCGUAUUUCUUGGGUCAGUCGCAUUUGCUGGCAAGAAAGGGGUCGAAUUUCUUCAAGAAGCUCCUGAUCAUGAUGUAUGUUUUCCUCGACAAGAACGGCCGGGAGCCGCCGGUGGCGCUCAAUAUCCCCAAUGCUGCGUUGUUGGAGGUUGGUACUGUUUAUACAAUCUAAUCAUUGUGUUGUGUAAUUUGUGGAAGAGAGCUAAACUGGCUUUGGCUUUGGUCUCCCGACGAGCUUCAUUAUGAUUAUGAUUAUGAUUAUAAUUAUAAUUAUGAUUGUUGUGAGACCGUCUAAUUAUAUAUAAUCCAUGUGUACAUUUACUUGCAUACAUAUAUAUAUAUAUAAGAAUCCCUAAUUUGUGGCGGUUA